AUGUAUAGCAUAAAGACUUGUAUAAAAUCAAUUAUUGAAUUUCAUAAAUUAAAGAGCAUUAGUCAAAUAUCUCAGAGGCAUAUAAAAAGACAUAUUCGACCAACUUUAAUUGAAUUAACAAAGCGUAAAAGAAAGUUAAAAGAAACAUUUUCAAAUCCACGAAAUGAGUAUCUGGAAUGGAAUUGGAAUGCUGAAUUAUUUGCAUUUAAUAGUAGACUGACAGAAAAGUUUGAUUUAGAACUAUUGAAACAAGCAUUUACGCACAGAUCAUACAUUAUUAAUGAAACAGAAAAACAGAAGCAAGUUGGAAUUGAAAAUCCAAUAUUGGAUCUAGUAGAUAAUACAGAAUUUAUAAUAGAGGGAGAGCAAAUAGUACCUUUAAUUAUUGAAAAUUAUUUAAGCCAUGCUUUACCACUUGCUCCGCAAGAAUGUAUUUAUGCUUUAAAAAAUUAUCUUCUUUCUACUGAAAUUCUUGCUAAAACAUCUUCAUGCAUUGGAGUUAAGGAUUUAAUUUUAUCUAUGGAAAGACAUCCGACUGAAGAAACACUGGCUAAGACAUUUUAUGCAUUAAUAUCAGCUUUAAAUCGCAGUGUAAAUUUAGAGCACGCGAGUCUUUUUGUUCGUGACAUUCUAAUAUCAUUAUUAGUAGAGAAAGAUUUAACUGAAAUAUGGUGUGUAGAAGAUCCAAUCAGCAUUUUAAAUGAUAUACUUAGUAGAGAGAAUAAGGAACUUGCAGAACCAAGAAUAAUUGCUCAAACGGGAAUAAACACACUUUUAUCAGUUUAUCAAAUUGCUGUUUAUUCUAACAAAAAAUUCUUAGGCUCUGGAAUUGGUGAAACAAUUGAAGAAGCUAAAAAUAUGGCAGCACUUAAUACGCUUCAUAAGAUGUUUGGUCUACUGGAUUCUAGUAAACCGAUAAGAUGUAAUUUGAAAAUAGAUGAUUCUGGUUCAAAAAAUUUACCACUUACAGAAUGGAGAAGUCAAAAUGCUUAAAAUAUAUAAUGCUGUAUCAGAAAAUUUUUUUGAAUAGUUACAAAAUAAG